GAACAACUAUACAACUAUACAACUACAUAAAAAUCUGAUCAUCAACACAAAACAACCCGAACCUUGGAAGCUUACUCAGAUUGAGACUUGUUGUACAGGAUCGAUGUGUCAACACUUACACGUCUUGCAUUGAUCCUAUCAUCCGUUCUGUUCUGCGAUGCGUUCAACUGAUAAACAAGAAGAUACGCAGGGAAGAACCUCAGCUCUCCUUCAAACAAACAAACUCUUUGAUUCAUCAAUCCUGAAACAUAUCUGUGGAUCACAUCAAGAUGUGCCCAGAGCCAUACCAGAUCUUUAUUUAUAGCUUCGUUAGUGCCAUUAUAUUCGAGUAGGAGCUGAAACUAAUAGAGUUCGGUGCUCGGUCGCUUUGGUUUCCGAUUCUAUGCUCUCUCCAAAUCUUUCAUUCCUUUUUCUUCAUCACAGCUUCAGAAUCUAAUGAAGAGCUUCAUGGAUCAACCAAUGAGAUUGAAAGUUCAUCAUUCGGUGUGUAUAUUAUCCGCGAUUUCAAAUGACCAAUUUAUGAAGUAGUUGAAGUCUAAGGCCCCUUCUGCACGGGCAGGAACCUACGCACACCCAGCCUGCUGUUAUUUUCAAGCCAAAGUCCAUAUCUAGUAAAGGCACAAUCCAAUAGUGCCAUCUGCACAGGACGAAAAUCAUUUACUACCUGCUCGAUCCCACGUUCUUUUCCUGAUUCUGUAUACCGCAAAUUUGCGUCCCCACUAAUUGCACACUAAAUUUCGUAUGCUGAUCGAAGACAUGGCUUCACCCGAGAAGAAGGAACCGUUAUACGAGUUCCCUUAUAAUCCAGAAGAUUAUGAUUACCAUUAUUAUCUAGACAUUCCUUAUGGAUACGACGUUGAAACUUCGACUUACAACUCAGCAUUAGAAACGGCGCAAGAUUUUACCUCGUCCAUCUACGAAGAUACCUACGAAGAAAAGAUGGAGAGAAAAGAUAGCUUGGAGCUGGAAGCUUUGAAUGCACGUUCUUUAUAUACUACUCCGGAAUCAUCACCCGUAGGACCGUCACAGAUGGAAAGGCAAAUGAGCACGAAAAGCACGAAGAGCUUCAAAAGCACGCCAGGGUUAUUCAAAAUGAUGUCAAUCAGGAAUUUAAAGCGAUCUCCUCCUCCAGAACCUCCAUCAAAAAGUAUACGAGAUACCUAUCCGGAAAUUUUCGCAAUGACUUCAGAGGAAUCACUUGCUGCGUCUUCGAAGCCUUCGAGACCAUUUUCAGAGGACACACUUGCUUCAUCUCUGAAGCUCUCAAGGCCGACAUCAGAAGAAAUCAAGGUACCUGUGGAAAAGAAGGAGCUUGCAGGUCCACCAGGUCCUCCAGGACCUGGAGGGCCAGGUGGACCUGGAGGACCACCAAAGGAGAUCUUCCCGGAGAUGGAUAUGGAAAAUAAUUUAGUAGGAUGGUCAGGACAAGAUGAUCCAUCACAUCCAAGGAAUCUUCCGGAUAAAAAGAAAUGGUUGAUGCUGGCGUCUGUCAGUCUGAUUACCUUCUUGAGUCCUCUAUCUUCAUCGAUUGUAGCACCUGGUAUUACACUCAUGAACAAAGAGUUUGGUACUACUUCCGAUAUACUAGAUACCUUUGUUGUUAGUAUGUUCAUUUUUGGAUUUGCGGCCGGGCCACUUGUUUUGUCACCACUGAGUGAGAUUUAUGGACGUCAACCAAUUCUCAUGUAUUGCAAUUUCCUAUUGACAAUAUGGCAACUCGGAUGCGCACUUGCUCCAAACAUCCACCUCCUCAUCCUCUUCCGCUUCUUUGCAGGCUUAGGAGGAUCCGCCUGUCUCGCUAUCGGUGGCGGUGUCGUUGCAGAUUUAUUCCCAAUCCAGCAACGUGGUAAAGCACAAGCUAUGUUCGUCAUGGGACCACUCUUCGGCCCUGUUCUCGGUCCCGUGAUCGGAGGAUUCAUCGCCCAGCGUGCGGGAUGGCGCUGGGUGUAUUGGGUCCUCUUAAUCGCUUGCGCCUGUCUCUCCAUCUUCUACGUGAUCGUCGGAAAAGAAACAUCUGCUCCGGUCCUCAUCCGUCGCAAAACCGCCGCUCUUCGCAAGGAAACUGGAAAUGAAUCUCUCAUAUCCGCAUACGAUGCCAAGAAACCAGCUGCUGCAUUGAAGCUCAGAGCAGUCCUCCUCACGGGUAUUGCAAGACCCUUCCGCAUGAUGUUUUCCUCUCCUAUCCUGCCUAUGCUCGCAUUAUGGAUGUCUUUUAUCUUUGGGUUGAUCUAUCUCCUCCUCACAUCCAUCGCGCAAGUGUUUGAGCAGAAGUACGGAUUCUCUAUCGAGAUCGCCUCGCUAGCAUAUCUAGGUCUCGGUCUCGGCUUCUUCCUUGGCAUGUUCACAGUUGCCAAAACAUCAGAUCCCACCAUAAUUUCCUUAACCAAGAAAAACAACGGUGUAUACCAACCUGAGUUCCGUCUCCGUAAUGGUCUCUUCUUUGCUUUUUUCAUCCCCGGUUCCUUCUUCUGGUACGGAUGGUCCUCCUAUUACGGCGUCCAUUGGAUCGUUCCGAUUCUCGGUUUGAUACCUUUCGGUUUCGGAACCAUGGGUGUGUUUGCUGGUAUUCAAACAUACUAUAUCGAUACGGGAAAGCAAUACGCAGCAUCCGCCAUGGCUGGUCUCACCGCCAUUCGAUGUUUGUUUGCGGCGUUCCUACCGCUGGCAGGUCGGCCGUUGUAUAAUAAUUUGGGAUUGGGUUGGGGAAACAGCGUUCUGGGAUUCAUUGGGCUGAGCUUAAUUCCAGCGCCCUUUUUCAUUUAUAAGUAUGGUGCGCGAUUGAGAGAAAGAUAUCCCGUUAGAGUUGAUUAGGUUUAUUACGGGGAAUGGCAUGAUAGCCACGGUUUGUAUAAUGGAUGGAUUCCCUUCUCUAUUGAACGUUGGAGUAUGCACGGCGUGUAUGAUGGAUGGUGUUAAUGAUUUGCAUGAAGAGCAAAGAAAAGUAUAUACGAAUGACGGCUCCACAGUACGAAUACCCUCCUUAGAAGUUAGUCAUGUUUGUUAUCAUUUGAUUUGGUAUUGGGAGAGCGAAAAGAAAUAUUUUAAUAUAGUAAAAUAGAACAAUCACUUAAUUUAUCUCGCGGUAAAAAUUUGAAAGUUGUACA